AUGGAGCUUUUUGAUGAGAAAAUGAAGAAAUCUGCAAUAGGCAUGGUUUUUAGGGUCAAUACUGAAGCUAUCCUUGAUGUAGAGUCGUAUAAUAAUACAAAUAGUAUUGUUCAACUUGAAGAUCCCUUAUCUCUUCCGUUUCUUUCUGGGAAAUCAUUGAUCAGGAGUUGGGACUUGGUGAAGGUUGGAUUUUCUGGGAAGGUGGUUCAGUCUGAUUUAUAG